GACUGCUGCCAAGUGGUGAACGGGUCCGUGAACGAAAGAAACUGCUGCUCUGCUGUGCUAGGUCUCUUGUCGGGCGUAGGCGAGCGAGAAAGAGAGAGAGAGAGAGAAAGAUUCCGUGACGACCGUGUGGUGGCGCAGCAGAAAAUCCGCUGAGUGCUGACAUGGCGUCCUAGCGAGAAGUUCGCCCCCAUCGUUUGGAAUAACACGAAAACGUCUCAAGAAUGCCAAGAUCGAGAGGAAAGAGGACGUGAUAUCGUGGCCGAUGAAGGCGGAUACACGAAUUCGAGUAAAGACACUAGAGAGUAGAGAUUCAUCGAGAAAAACGAGAAGAACAAGCGACAAGGUGGUGGCGUUGACAGCUACACUGGGAAAAAGGUCCUUCACUAGGUCUGAUGUUAGCGGAUAUUAACGGGAACCUGGCGGAUCUGAGAAGCGAAGCGAUGGCAUCGCAGAGGUUUUGUCUGCGCUGGAACAACCAUCAAAGCAAUUUGCUUUCUGUUUUCGAUCAAUUGCUUCAUGACGAGGCUUUUGUCGAUGUUACGCUGGCGGUCGAAGGCCAGCUACUCAGGGCACACAAGAUGGUUCUGUCGGCGUGUAGUCCUUAUUUUCAGGCCUUGUUCGUUGGACACCCCGACAAGCAUCCAAUAGUCAUUCUGAAGGAUGUCCCCUACGUGGAUAUGCGCAGCCUCUUAGACUUUAUGUACCGAGGUGAAGUGAGUGUGGAUCAGGACAGGUUGACGGCAUUCUUAAGGGUCGCUGAGUCCCUGCGAAUAAAGGGUCUCACUGAAGUGAACGAGGACAAAUGUGACUUGCCAAGUAUCACGUCGUCGUUGCUUAGCAAUCAAAACACAGUACCUCCACCUCCACCGAAUUUACAUAGAAUAAACCAAAUUGGCUCGCAUCAUCACCUCUCGCAAAAGAGGUUUCAUCACAUGUCGAGCCAUCCGCUGUUGGGAUCGGCGUUGACAGCACCAAAGAGGAAGAGGGGUCGACCAAGGAAGCUGAGCGGCUCGUCGGACACACCAUUGGAAUCCCUGGGCCAGGACCAUCACAGCAGUACUGAUUUGGUUCAGGGCUCGCCUGAAAUGAUGGAGAUGAAAAUGGGUCUUGAUUUUCAAGGCGACGUCUCGGCCAGUGGAGCCGGCAGCAAUGGCAGCGCCAACAACGGAGCGGCAGCAACGCCCAACAGUGCCAAUCUCGCCGCCUUGUCGAGACAGGAGGAACCCACGGAAAAUGGUACCGACAUUCCGGACUCGAUCACAAAAAGAAUCAAACGGGAACCUGAGCCAACUCCCAGCACAUCGGCGCAGGCAACGGAGGAGACUUUUGCGCGGCCACAGAGUAGACAAGGAAGUGAAGGGUUCAAGCAAGAUUUUGCCUCAUCGCAAAGCAGCAACAGCAGUAAAUCGGACAUGAGUGAAUCGUGGAAGGAGAAAUCGCGAAAUCUGAGUACUCCACCGUCAUCGCAAUCGUCGCCUGAUUUAGCCAAGACCCCAACGACCUCGACACCGGCGUCAAACAAUAAUGCACCGUCCACAUCGUCAUCGACAAAUACAACAACAACAUCGUCGACGAGAACCUCAUCGUCGCCAGCAACUGCCAGGGCAAACACUCCCAACAGUCCGGCACAAAAUUCACCGAGCGCCGGAACAAUGUCCGCGCCCCAGAGUCGUCAGGUCGCCAAGAGGCGAAUGAGACGACGCGCCACAUCCCAAUCGCAGGAUCCCGCCGAGCAACUCACGGAAAUGUCUGUCCGCGGAUUAAAUCUCUUCCGCUAUGCAUCGAUUUCAGAGGGCGUCUAUCAAUGCACCGAAUGCGCCAAAGUCGAUAUUCAAAAGACCUUUAAAAAUAAAUACAGCUUCCAGAGACACGCGUUCCUUUAUCAUGAGGGUCAUCAGCGUAAAGUAUUUCCAUGUCCAAUUUGUGGCAAAGAAUUCUCGCGACCCGAUAAAAUGAAGAAUCACAUGAAAACGGUGCACGAUUAUUUUUUGUCCAAAGAUUGCGUAAUGCCGUUCGGUUUAUUUCUCCCGCCUUAGCAAGUGUCGCGCGAGGACGUGGCGAGAAGAGCAAAUUCCAAGAUUUCGCGGUGGAAACAUUGGACAGAGAAUUGCGAGAUCAAAAAAUAACUUUGUCACUGGAUCUAAAGGAUAAAUGCUCCUAAUUCAUGUAUUUGAAUCUAUUUCAUGAAUUCAGUAUUUUAUCUCAUUUUUCUUCUCAUCAUUUUUUUUUUUUUUUGACUUUAGAGCGAUUUUUUUCCUCCUCGAUUUUUCUUCUCUACUCAAUUUUUUUACUCGAUUAUUCUAAUCUUUUCUUCAAAGGAGUCAAAUUAUCUAAAUUAGUUCAAAUAGUUCAAAAUAAUCUAAUUUAUUAUAAAAAAAUCAAUUUCUUUUUUAUUCACAAAUCGGAUUUUUUAAUUCUAUCAAAUUAAAAUGUCCUAACUUUAAAAAAUAAUUUUUUCACGAUUCUUUUAUUUGAAGAAAAAUCGAUUGUAAUUAAUUCUCUCUGAAGUCAAAAUAUUUACUUCUUAACACAUUAAUCUCUCAUCAUGCAAUUCACUGAUUUCAUUUAGUUACCACUGCUUUUAAAUAAAUAGUUAUGCACAAUUUAAUUAUUUUUACAGAAAAAAAAAUAUAUAUAUAUUUACGAUAUAAUUUAAUAAAUACGUGAAUCAUUUGCGUACUGACCUACGUCCCCGCGAUAUCAUUAUAAGAAUGUCUAAAAUGAAGAGCAUUGUCAGAAAUUUAAAAACACUGACUUCUUCUUAAUCUAUACAAAAUUAUCAAAUUCAAAGUAAAAAUU